AUGGCGGAGACCAAGGCGUCGUACUCGACUGACCCCGCCCUGUACGUCUACACCUCGCUCACGGCCGGUUCCUCGCACAUUGUGACCGCCACGUCACGGCUCGAGACCAUCCUGCGCGCCAACCGGGUCCCCUUCAAGGCCCUCGACCUCGCUACCGACGAGAAGGCACGCAUGCUAUGGGGGCGAAGGGCUGGCAAGGACGAGGGCGGCCGCGUGCGCAAGCUGCCCGCCCUGGUGCAGAUGGGGCUCGUCGUCGGUGACCUGGUGGAGAUCGAGGACUGGAACGAGUACGGCGAGCUGAAGCAGCACGUAAAGAUCUACUACGACGAGUUCACGAUACCGCCCAAGGGCGCCGCCCCGCCGCUCAACCUCCUCAAGAAGACCGUGGCCAACUCGACGGCCGUGGCCGCCUCCAAAGCCGCCGCGCCGGCUGCCUCAUCCUCAUCCGCAUCCGCGAGCAAAACUACAUCAUCCGCACCUCCUCCGCCCCCGGCGGCGCCUCCCCUACCCACCGAGAAGACCAAGAUCCCGCCGUCCUCCUCUACAAAUGAUGGCACAGCAGCACAGAAGGCCGGGGGUGCGGUAGCCACGGCAGCGAACGCCGCUGCCAACGCCGCUGCGAGUGCCGCGCAGGCUACCCGUAGCAUCGCCGAGGAGGCGGCUGCCAAGGCGAAACAGAUACACCUCAAUACCCUGCGCGAGAAGGUGUACGGGAAGAAGGACGACACCACGGAAAACAAAGCCAAAGAAGGAGCCAAAGACAAAGACAAAACCGCCACAACACCAGCCGCAGCAGGAGACGAAGACAAGAGAGAAACACCCACCCCGGACUCAGCUCCUGCCAUCACCGAAGGCAUGAGCGCGCUCGCGAUCGCCCCGCCGUCCACGCCCAGCAAGGCCGCCGGCGAGGCGGGCCUGCAGUCGCCAACGACGGGCACGUGGCGGGCCGGGGUCCCCGCGGACGGCGUCCUGCGGCCGCUGCUGCAGAGCCCGACGAGCGGGACGUGGAAGCCGGACCAGGGCGCGCCGGCGGGAAAGAGCGCUGCGGUCGAGAAGGGGGAGAAGGAUAAGGUGGGGGGUGAGGAGAGUGAGGAGGAUGAAGAUGAAGAAGAUGAAGAAGAUGAGGACGAGGACGAGGACGAGGACGAGGAUGAAGAUGAAGAUGAAGAUGAAGAUGAAGAUGAAGAUGAAGAUGAAGAUGAAGAUGAAGAUGAAGAUGAAGAUGAAGAUGAAGAUCAGGAGGGUGGAAGUGGUGAACAGGGGAAGAAGAGUACGGCGAAGGAGACGGAAGGCAAGGCCUGA